AUGACACAAUACAGCCCCUCCACACAAGCCGCCCUCCUGAAAUGGGUUGGCACAUUCGAUACGGUCCGCAGGGCUCAAUCCCUCCAGGACCUGCGCGACGGCGUCAUCCUCGGCCAGAUGCUCGAGCAGAUGCUGGGCACCGAGUUCCACAGCGACAGCCUGAUCCAGAGCCCCCGGUCCGAUGAUGAGAUACGGCAGAACCUCGAGGCCGUUUACCGUGGUCUGGCCGGUUUUCUGCGUGUAGAUAACCCUUCGCUUGCACCUUCACCUUCCGAGUUCCGUUCCAUUGCAGAGAGCCUCGAUGACAAUGCCCUGUGCGAGUUCCUAUCCUACUUCCUGUCAGCCGCCUGCCUGGGCUCCCUGUCGACGACAUAUGUUCCCAAGGUUAUGAAGCUGGACCAGCAGACCCAGGCUGAGAUUGCCAAGAUCAUCACGGAGAAGAACCAAUUGAAGACGGAGACUGAAGAGCAGGAGGAGGAACCGCAGUCGGAGUCCGUGGAUGACUUUGAGAAUGUCUACCCGGUCAGGGAUCCGGAGCUAAUGGCUGAGGAGCUGGAGCAGAUGCGGGACAAGAUCGAGAUUCUGAAGCGGCAGAAUGCCGACCUCCAGACACGGAUCGAGAAGCUCAUGGACACGCGGGAGGCCCUGCUGGGCGACCUGCGCAUGGCCCAGGAUGAACUCUCGACACUGAAGCGGGCCAGGGGCUCCGACGUCUCGUCUACCAUCCGGGACCUGCGUAACGAGAUCCGCGAGAAGAUGGUCGAGAUCGACCGCCUGGAGGACCUGCUUGAGAAGGAGACGGCUCGGGCUAAUAAGCUUGAGAAGGAGAACGAGAACUUGCGGGCCAAGGCUGCGCGCGUCAAGGAUCUGGAGGACAAGGUGACGGUGCUGGAGCACGAAACUAAACAGCAGCAGCAGAUGAUAAAGGGGCUGGAGAACUACAAGAAGAAGGCUCAGGACCUGACCGCCAUCCAGCAGCGGAACCGCUUGCUCGACGAGCAGAUCCUGCAGCUGGAGCAGGAGCUUAAGAUGUUUGAGGAGGUCAAGGCGCAGAACCGGCGGCUGCAGCGCGAGAUCGAUGAGAAGAUGAAGGUGUUGUCCAACAACGAGCAGGAGAUCAUCUACACGCUGCAGUCCAAGAACCACCUCCAGGAGGCCAACGAGGAGCUCAAGAGGCGCAUCGAGUACCUCGAGUCGAAGCGCCAGCUGGAUGAGGAGACCAUUGAAAAGCUCCAGGAGCAGCUGCACUAUUACGAGUCCUCGGGCGCUGCCGCCGCCGGCCCGCUUAGCCUCGAGGAAGAGCUGGAGGGUGGUGGCGGCGGCGACCCGUCCGUUGCCCUGCGCCUCGAGAUCCAGCGUCUCAAAGCCGAGAACAACCUCCUCCGGAAUAACAUGACCGUUGCGUCGGAGAAUGAGCGGCUGCGCGGGGAGCUGGAUACGGCAACGCAGAAGAUCGACCACUACCGCCUCAAAUGCACCGAGGCUAUGCAGCAGCAUGCUGUCAUUGAGGAGCAGCUUACUGCUUUGAUGAACCAUGCUACAACCGAGAGCGACGUCGCCUUCGUCAAUAUGCGCAAAGAGCUCACAGCUGCUACGCGCGAGCUGGAGAAGGCCCGCAAGCACAUGCAGGAUCUGGAGCGCGAAGCCGCCGACCGCGAGCGUGAGCUGUUGCGCCUGAAGGCAGACCUCGAAGCCGUCGGGAAGGACGAGACAGCCGCUCUCGCUGCGCUCAAGGCAUCGGAUGAGCUCAUCUCAGAGUCUCUGCGCACAGAGCUGGAGGCGACGCGCAAGCAGCUGCAGCACCGCGUCUUCGAGUACGACCAGAUGAAGGAGCAGUUUAUGGAGACUCUGGUCAGUAAGGACCGCGUGCAGAAGAAGCUGGAAGAGGCCCUCGCCAACACUGGCGAAGGGCCUAAGGGGGAGAUGGCCCAAAAGGGCAGAAAGGAGGAUGCGGAGAAGAUUGAGAAGUUGAAGGCGGCAUUGAGGCAGAAGAUUGAGCAACUGGAGAAGGCUGAACAGGAGAAGUACGAUCUACAACGACGGCUCAAGCUGGCCGAGACCAAGGCGGCAUCCGACCAGAUGAUCCGCAACCUCCAGCGCGAGAACGCCAUGAUCGCGACAGCGUGGUACGAUCUGACGAGCCGUCUGCAGAGCAACCAUGUCGUGUUGCAACGCCGCCACGACGCGCCCCGCAGCUGGGUCAACAAGCAGCGGCAGAUGGUAUACGUGUUCCACUUCCUGAACGUGGCGCUCGAAGCCGCUGCCGGUAGGGUUGAGGUCUGGAAGCGGUUUGCGGCUGCUGUUGCGGAGGCGCUGGGCUCUAACGCUGCCGCCGUGGAUCGCCCAGAAGAUGAAGAGUAUGAGCUGGAAGGCGUCAUCACUGCGGAUGAUUGUGAUGAGGAUGAUGCUGCUUUCCUUAGGGAAGGAGAUAGCGGCAUUGACUUGUGA